AUAUCCGAGCACCAUUUUAUAUCUCCAUCUUGAAUUUGUAACCUUUUUUCUUAGGUCGGUGAUAUUAGUAGCAGUAUUUAAAUAUUUGUUAAUUGAAAUAAAGUAAUUGUUAAGUGCAAUUACUCUUUAAUAAUGGCGCAAAAUAAAUUAAAUGAUUUCGCGUCGCGAUUUAGCAAAAGUCCUAAUAAUUUAUCUUUAGGCUUUAAGGUUCUUGCAGCAGCCGGCGUGGCGGCUUAUGGAGUAGCUAAAUCUAUGUAUACAGUGGAAGCUGGUCAUAGAGCAAUUAUAUUUUCUCGUCUUAAUGGGAUCCAAAAAGAUAUUUUUUCAGAGGGUUUACAUUUUCGUGUUCCAUGGUUUCACUAUCCUAUAAUAUAUGACAUUCGAAGUAAACCAAGAAAAAUUUCAUCACCUACUGGAUCAAAAGAUUUACAAAUGGUUAAUAUAUCUCUUCGAGUUUUAUCGCGUCCUGAUGCAGCUGCAUUACCUACUAUGUAUCGUCAAUUAGGUCUUGAUUAUGAUGAAAAGGUAUUACCAAGUAUAUGUAACGAAGUGCUUAAGUCAGUUGUUGCUAAAUUUAAUGCGUCUCAACUUAUAACACAAAGGCAGCAAGUUUCAAAUUUAGUACGUAAAGAAUUAACUGAGCGUGCUCGUGAUUUUAAUAUAGUGUUAGAUGAUGUUUCUAUAACAGAGCUCAGUUUUGGAAAAGAAUAUACUGCUGCAGUAGAAGCUAAACAAGUAGCCCAACAAGAAGCUCAAAGAGCUGCAUUUGUAGUUGAAACAGCUAAACAAGAGAGGCAACAAAAAAUUGUACAGGCUGAAGGAGAAGCAGAAGCUGCUAAAAUGCUUGGUCUAGCUUUGAGCCAAAAUCCAGGGUACUUGAAACUUCGUAAAAUACGUGCAGCUCGGCGAAUUGCUCGCACGAUUGCACAAUCUCAAAAUCGAGUAUAUCUUAGUGGGAAUAGUCUCAUGUUGAAUAUUCAAGAUCCUUCAUUUGAUGACUCUUCGGAUAAAUUGAAAAGUAGUGAACAAUUGAACUGGAGCAAUUGGAAUGACACAACACAGAAUGCUGUUAUUAUCUUAAAAUCUGGUCCUCAAGCAUUAAAAAAUGCAGAUAAAUCAUACAUCAAGUAUACAUCAACAGAUCCUGAAGAUCCCAUUUCCCUUUUAUUGGAUUCAGCAAAUGAUAGUGCUAAAAUGAUAGUUCCAUAAAUGUAAAUUUCAUAUUUUAAAACAUUUCAAAGAGUUUGCGUAGCGAGCUUGUAAAAAAUAACUUGGUUAAAAUUUCACCUUGCUUGUAUAUUUUGUAUCUUAACAUUAGAUUAAUUUUAUAUAUUGUUAUAUAAUAUAAUUAAAUAUUAAUCUC